AUGGAGCCUCCGACACGAAAGGGACCGGACCUUGAAGAUGUUAGCUCAAUGUUGGUCGCAUUUAGUGAUCUGUUUAGACGCGCUCCGGAUAUGGAGGUCAUAAAUGAAGGAACAGAUCACACAAAGAAAGUCUCAGCCGCUCGAAAUGCUCAGCUCGAGUCAAUACGGACUGAUCUACGAGCGCUCUCAAAGAGCUUAGAAGCCUCAAAGACUGCUGCUCAGCGCUCGGACGACGUGCCGUCGCGUGCUGAACAUACGCGCACGGUGGAGACGCUCGAGCAGAAGCAUUUCGCAAGUAUGAAAGCGAUAGGAAAGCUCGAAAGAGAACUAGGAGACAAGGUGUCGCACAUAUCUAGAGUGAAAGACGAGACGGCGAUUUGGGAGCUCAAAGAUCCGAUAGCGGAUCAUGAAGUGGAUAAUCUACCACUCCGGGCCCAGAUUUGGAAGUCACUGGGCUUUGAACUUAGACGAGGACCUGAUGGGAAAGCAAAUAAGCUUCUAAUCCGAACUGAGAGUGGUGACUGGCGAGUGCACCCUGUUCAUGAAAAGCUCUCCGUUGACGAGACGAAUGAACUAUGGAGCAUCAAUGCGAGCUAA